AUGCAAUACAUUUCCAUUAUGAUCAGUUAUGUUAUGGGAAUAAUAAUGAUAAUUUAUCCAGAAAUUAGCCAUCAAAAUGAAGCCGAAACAUUAGAAGAUUUUCUACAUUCACAUGGUAUUUAUAAAGAUGAUAAUAUUGGUUAUCAAAAAUUUGGCCUACACACAUGGUAUCAUUCAUUGGUGGAUGUGAAAAAACAUGACCAUAUAAAAUGUGGUUAUGAUAAGAAUUUGUUUGAAAAUACCGUAUCUAUAGCUGUUAUUAUGAAUCGUAUAUAUCAAUUUACCACCAGUACAUAUGGUAAAAAAUUAACAGAAAGUAGAGAUCCAACAUAUGUUGAUGUUAUAAUCUAUGAUCAAGCACGUUAUCGUUAUUCGAAUGAAAAAAAUCAUUUACAUCUUUAUGAUGGCUAUAAACUUGGUGUUAAUCAAAUUAUCACCGAUUAUGAUUAUAUGGGCAAUUUUCAAAAACGUUUAACAGAUUUAUAUUGGGGCUAUCCACAGACACGUAAACAGCGGCUAACCACAUCGUUAAUAUGGCAAAGAUAUAAAGGUUUCAAUUUUUUUAGCCGUCUUUUGUUAUGCUGUAAUCGUUUCUGGUUGGUGGGCGAAUUUCCAUCAUCCAAUGAUGGUAAUGCAAUGGACAGUGACAAUGAUCUACAUUAUUAUGAUUAUCAUUCAUUAAGAUCAACACAAAGCUAUCAUAUGGUGGUCAUUUCAUAUGGUGAUCAAGUUUUAAAUAUGAUUCAUGAACAAAAUACUGAUGUUAUUAAAAUCAUUGAUUUCAAUAUGACAACACAUUUAUCAACAUUAUGUUAUGGUGUACAUUCAACACAAAUGUUACGUAUGAUAAGUGAAACAAAUAAUUGUCAAUAUUUAGAACCAUUCGAAGUGAUGUCCAAAUCAUUGAUCAGUUUAAUUCGUUCAUUUCAAUAUGGUUUCAUUGUGUUAACGAAAUUAAUAUUGGUAUCACGUGAACAGAAUACCGUAUUGAUUGUUGAUCGUAAUUUAUUGCGUAUGAUUGGCAAAGAAUUUCCAUUUCAAUUGAAAAAUGCAAAAGAUUUUUUUAAUUGUGAACAAUAAAAUUUUUAAA